AGCCGGUGGUAUAGGCAAAACUACACUUGCUGAUGCGAUAUACAAUGAAAUCUCCUCAGAGUUUCAAAGUCGUUGCUUUCUCCAAAAUGUUAGAGAGGAAAUGGAAAAAAAAGGGAUGAAAUCUGUAAGAAAUGAACUUCUCUCCAAACUAUUAGAUGACAAAAUUGAUAUAGACACCCCAUCCAUAGGAUCUCCUUUAACCCAAAAGAGGCUCAAAAGCAUGAAAACAAUUGUCGUCCUUGAUGAUGUUAAUGACUCAGAGCAGAUAGAUCUGAUGGGUGUAAAAUAUUUUGGUGAGGGAAGUAAAAUCAUUGUGACAUCCAGAGAUAGACAAGUUCUCAAGAAUGGUGGAGCUGACAAUAUACACGAGGUAUACAAGUUAAAGGAGAACGAUUCUCUGCAACUCUUUUCUACAUUUGCAUUUAAGCUUUUGAAUCCUCCUCUUGAUUUUCAAGAUCUAUCAAACAAGUUUUUGGAUUAUGCCCAAGGCAAUCCACUUGCUCUAAAAGUUUUAGGUUCUAAACUAUAUACAAAGUCUCGAAAAGAGUGGGAAAGUGAGGUGGAUAAGCUCAAGGAAUAUGCGCAACCAAAAAUUUCACAUAUUCUAAGGUGGAGCUUUGAUGAGUUGGAUGAGCUAGAGAAGAAUAUAUUUCUUGACGUAGCAUGCUUUUUGAAAGGGGAACUGAAGGACGAUGUAGAAAAUGUUCUAAGUUCCUUGUAUAAGGGUGCAUUGUGUGGAAUAAGUAACUUGUUCGAUAAGUGCCUACUUCAUAUUGAUUCUUAUAGGUUUAUUUCUAUGCAUGAUAUGCUUGAAGAGAUGGGUAAGGACAUUGUUUGCCAAGUAUCUAAAGACCCUGGAAAACGCAGUAGGUUAUGGAGUCUCAAAGACCUGAAUCAAGUGCUCAAAUCUAAUGAAGUGAAUAAAUCAAUUGAAGGAAUAAAGUUAAACAAGAGUCGAGUUGAAGAACUGCUGUUAUCAUGUCCUGGUUUUAAGAACAUGCUUUCUCUUAGAUAUAUCCACUUCUAUGGUCCCCAUGUUAUAUAUGGCUUCUUCAUGCCCUUUUUGCGGGACUUCCAUAAACUGGCUGUACUUGCAAACAGCGUUGAUAGUGUAUCUCUUCCUGAUGAGCUAAGGUAUCUUUGUUGGGACUUUUAUCCCUUCAAAUCGUUAUCAUCAAGUUUUAAUCCAAAGAAUCUUGCUGUGUUGAAAUUACGAUUUGGUCACAUGGAGCAACUUUGGAAUGAAAAUUAUAAGGAUCUUGUUAAUUUAAGGGAAAUUGACGUUCGUUUUUGCCAGCAACUAAGGAAGAUCCCUAAUCUAUCAAGAGCCAUCAACCUUCAAAGCCUUAGAUGUACAAAGUGUCUAAGUUUGGUUGAACUUCCUAGACUCAAUCAUUUGACAUCUCUUAAAAAGCUUGAAUUUGAGGGGUGUCCUAAACUCAAGAAGUUUCCAGAGCUCCCAAAUGACUUUUCCGAGUUAAAUUUAUCACACACUGAAAUAGAAGAAGUGCCUGAUUCAAUUCAGCUUUUUGUCGGACUUAGAAAGUUGAGGUUGAGAUGCUCAAGGGUGGAAAAUGUAUCAAGCAAUAUUUCAAAGCUGGAAUUCCUUCGUGAGUUGGAUCUUAGUGGUUGCAAAAGUCUUAAAACACUCGCAGAGCUUCCACGAUAUAUGUGGUUCUUGAAUGCAAAUGAUUGCAAAUCAUUAGAAAAAGUAUCGUUCACCAGUCAUAAUGUCAGUUCAUUCCAUUCUUUACAUGAUGGUGAUUAUGCUUCUCUUGAUAAACGGGUUUCCACGACAUUCCUGAAUUGCAAAAGCUUGAAUCAAGAUUCAAUUAAAAACAUUGAGUCAAAUGCCAUGCUUCAAAUUCAAUCCCUAGCAAAGAGAUGGGCAAGGAGCAAAGAGAUAUUUGGAGAGGAAUAUAUAAGGGCUUCUUUUCGAAAUCAAUUGUUUUGUAGUUUCCCAGGAGAUGAAAUUUCAGGAAACGAGUUUGAACAUCGAAGCUUGAAUUCUUGGUUAAAUUUGAAGAUAACAACCCCAAAUGGGUGCAGGGGGAGCAGAUUUUUGGCUUUUGCUAUUGGCCUUGUAGCUGAUCUUGCAGUUGUAGAGGUAAAUCAUAGAAUUAGUUGUAAAUAUCAACUGAUAACUGCCAGUGGGGAAAAGUUCACAAGUGAUUGCCGCGUUUUUUAUGGAUCCGAUUGGAGAUUUGACGGUUAUCAUGUGCUGAUUAUGUUUAGUGAGGAUAUGAUUAUUAUAGACAAUGAUUAUGAGGAGGCAUCAUUUGAAUUCAAAAUCCAGGAUGAUUUUGGCAGAGAAUAUGAAGUGAAGGAAUGUGGUGUUCUUGUGUUUUUCGUGGAUGCAGAGAGUUACACCGUUAGUGGAUGUGAUGGAAUGUGA